UAUAUAUUAUAUUGAAAUAGUAUAAUUGUUGUAGAAGUGUAUAUUUGAAAUAAGUUUUGUUAAUAAUAUUACAAAAGUAUUGCAAAAUAAAAAAUGUCUGAAACACAAGAACAAGAAACAAGUCCAUUUUAUGGAGGAAUUAAAUCAUAUGAUAUUCAUACUUAUUGGAAUAAUAAUAAUAAAGAAGAAACAGAAUUUGCAUUUAAUUUAAGAGAACAAGUAUUAAAAGAUUUUGCUAAAGAAAUUGAAAAUGGAGAUAUAAGAAUUUAUAAAUUUUGGGAAAAGCCUAUUGGACCCCAUCCUAUAAAUAUGUGGGAACUUGAUUUCAAGAGUCCAGAAAUCUUUAGUGUUAUUGUACCAUAUUUCCAAAUUCACCAUGGGAAAUUAUCGGUCUUAAUCCAUCCUAGAUCUACUCAAGGUGCAUUUAGAGAUCAUACUGCCAAUGCAUUGUGGCUUGGACAUAAGCUUAGACUCGAUACUGAGCUUUUAAAAAAAGAGGCCUGAUAACAAUAUACAAUGUACAAUAUAGUAUAUAUAUAUAUAUAUAUAUAAUGUAGUACAUAGAUAGUAUAUCCUAUAUAUAGUACAUAUACAGUACACAGUACACAAUACACU